CCACGUCACGCUGUAGGAGGAGAAGGCAGCGAGCCAGACAGCUCUCCCUCCCUCCCUCCCUCGCUCCCUCCACUUCUGGCCGGUUCCCUUUCUUCCCUCUCUAGCUCAAAUCCGUGGGAGCUUCCCGAGUGUCACCUCCCGUCAAGAAGCUGCCCCUGCCCGCUGUGGAAUGAGUUUUCUCAAGUGGAGACGGAGUGUAAAGAGAAAUGACAGCAGCAAGAAUGUCACAAAGGCAGAAAGUGUCCCUGAUGGCCCGGACUCCCCAAGCAGGCUUUCAGUCAUAAACACUCCAGAAUUGGAUCCUAUCAUCAAUGACUUCAAGUUGGAGUUACAAAACACCACAGAUGUCCCGGAACAAGACAAUGCUUCCAAUGGGUGCUCGACCUCAGACCUGUCGCUGGCUCUGGAGGACUGCAUGGCCUCCCUGGAUCUCUUCCUCCACAAUGACUUUGAGGAGGCUCAGGCCCGCCUGAGACCCAGAAUCAAAGACAGCAUGUAUCAUGCCCUGACCUACGCCACCUUCCUAGAAAUGCAGGCCAUGAUGACCUUUGAACCCCAACAUAUUCUGGAAGCAGGAAACACCAUGAAAGAGGCCCAGGCUAUUUGCCAACGGCACCGCAAGAAGUCCAGCUUAUCUAAGGGAUUUACAGAAGAUGAGAUUCAUGCUGAAGUCUGCUAUGCUGAAUGCCUCCUGCAGAGGGCAGCGCUCACCUUCCUUCAGGAUGAAAAUAUGAUCAGUUUCAUCAAAGGAGGAAUCAAAGUGAGGAAUAGCUAUCAGACGUACAAAGAGCUGCACAGACUGCUGGAGUCGACUGCGCACAGUCAUGGCAGCAAUCAUGGUCAUGUUGAGGGCGGAGUCAAGUUGGGAGUCGGAGCCUUUAAUUUGAUGAUUUCCAUGUUGCCGACACGGAUGCUGAAGCUGCUGGAGUUUGUGGGUUUCUCGGGUAACAAGGAGUUUGGUCUCCAGCAGCUUCAGGACGGCUGUGCAGAAAGCACAUUUCGGUCAUUCUUAUGCAACAUGUUGCUGCUCUGUUAUCAUACCUUCAUGAGCUUUAUACUAGGCACUGGAGAAGGAGACGUAGAAGAUGCAGAAAAACUGCUGGAGCCGUAUCUCAAGAAAUACCCUAAGGGAUCAAUCUUCUUGUUCUUCGCUGGUCGAAUCGAGGAGAUCAAAGGCAAUUUGGAUGCUGCUAUCAAGCGGUUUGAGGAGUGCUGCGAGGCUCAGCAACAAUGGAAGCAGUUCCAUCACAUGUGCUACUGGGAGCUGAUGUGGUGCUUCACAUAUCAACGGCACUGGAAGAUGGCCUACUUCUACGCCGACCUGCUCAGCAAGGAGAACUCCUGGUCCAAGGCAACCUAUGCGUAUAUGAAAGCAGCCUACCUCAGCAUGUUGACGGAGGAUGAUUGUCUAACCUUCGGGGAGACGGCGCUCUCUUUGUUCAGGCAGGUGGAAGGGCUGAAGCAGAAAAUUGCUGGCAAGUCUUUACCCACGGAGAAGUUUGCCAUCAGGAAAGCUCGUCGCUACCUCACAGAAAACUCCAUUCCUCUUCCUGUCCCACCACUGGAGAUGAUGUACGUUUGGAACGGCUAUACGAUCAUCGGAAAGCACAAAGAGCUGACUGAAAACAUGCUGAAGACGCUGGACGAGGCGCAGGCGAAACUUGAAAGCAUGCCAAGGUCCGAGUUCUCAUUUGACGACCAGUGUCUGCUGAGCUUGCUCAAGGGACUGUGUCUGAAGCACCUAGGGCAUCACGAUGAGGCCGAACACUACUUUACUCUUAUCCUCUGCAAUGAGACCCAGAUCAAGUAUGACCACUACCUAGUUCCCAAUGCGUUGUUAGAGCACAGCUUGUUAUGUCUGGACCAAGGCCGGAAUGAUGAAGCUGUAAAACUACUAGAAGCAGCAAAGCAAAAUUACAAAAACUAUUCUAUGGAAUCUCGGACUCAUUUCCGUAUUCAAGCCGCCCUGCACAAAGCCAAGGGCACGAGGGAAAAUGGAGUCUACGUACCCUCGAGCCCAUAAGAGCGAGGAUGGCACACAAGAGCUGAGAUCCGGCGUCUGCAUUCUCCCUCAGUGCACAACUCGGCUUAGGCUCGCCACGUCACAGGGUUGGAAGGUUUUUCCUUCAGGACGGUUUUGGGGAAGCAUUGGCCGAUAUUUUAUUUUCCUUUUCCAUGUUUGUCUCCUUUAUUGGCAACUGCCGCUGAUGGCGUGUCCCUUGUGGCACUGAUGGCGCUCAUCGAGAGUGUGACACGUGCAUUGGCUGACCUUCACUUCUUCAAUCGACUGGAAGCCGUGGCAAGUCUGUGCAUGUGCCUCAAAUAAUGACACACUAAAUAAGCAAAGCCUUUUUUUUGCGGGGGGUAGGGGGUGAGAGUUUUAUCGGAAAUGGCUACUAGUACUACAAAAAAUAUGUUGGUCAAUGCGCGGUUGAGGUGGUGGUCUUAAUGGAAGACAAAUAUAUGUAAAUAUAUGUAUACAGGUGCAUCUUAAUGAAACUAUUCUGUAGUUGGGUUAAACUGAAACCUUUUCAUUAUAUAGAUUCACUACACUCAGUGAAAAAUAUUUCAUGAUUUUUUUAAGCUAACCUUAUCUUAUUGAGGGGUCGCCACAGCAAAUUAAGCGAAAAAUGUUUUACUGUAUGUUGAAUGUAUUUACAUAAUUAAUUUGACUUUUGAGUUGAGCCGCUAAAAUGAACUAUUCUGCAUUUUUACAUUUUUGGGGGUGCACCCAUAUUGCAGGGCUAAAGAUGCCACUAUGACAUCAAGUUAAUUCUGUUAAGGGGUCAUCCAUUAAACUCCUGGUGUUGGCAAGACAAUGCAUGUCUUAUGUGCAGACAGCUGAGUUUGCAUUUAGCUGACCUUUCCCUGACAAUCCAUGUUGGAUGAUCAUUUUUGUCAUCCAUAGUUUCUCGAGAAUCCACAGUAGACGUUACAUACUGUAAAUGCCACCUUUUACCCAAAAAGGACAGAUGACCAUGUGUCUUUUAGAAGGACAGCCUCCUCCUUUUCUUCUGUCCCUCCACGUCAGUGGGACAGACUCCAGCAGCACUUGAGCUCAAACAAACAAGCCAUUCACUCGGCGCAGUGAGGGGACCGCGUGUUUGUCCCCCUGUUGGAUCUCUAGCGAAGAAAUGACAAGCACUACAGUGUGAACCUCAAACUGUUGCCCUCCCCCUCAAUCAGCCAUGCUUGCUGACAACCUCCUGCAGAGGGGCUUUGGAACGUUGUGUUUAGCGCUACUGUCAAACUGAAAUUGUGAAUAUGAACAAACACAGUACAUUAUAGUGAAAGGAGAGAAACCGUCUUUAUAUGAUUGAAUGACUUGAUGGUCCCAGCCCAUCAAGUCAUUCAACAGAUCCAGCAACAGAUGGAUGAACACAGAGAAACUCAAGAUGGUAUUUCAGGUUAGAACUGCUCAUUUUAUUCAUGUUAAGAGGAAGGUUUGGUGUUCAUGAUGGCGAUGAGGAGUCAAUUUGUUGUUGUUUUGUUGCUUCUCAUGUGUCUUAAUAUUCCAGUAACAACCUGUGUUUUAUUUUCCAAUAUUAUGUUGCAUUUCCCGUUCAGUUUCCACCUGGACAUUUUAACAUGAAAGUUUGUGGCAUUGUGAUAUUUGCAUUGAGCAAAUGAGAAUGGGCAAGACUACCACUGAGCAUAGACGUUCCUGUACAUACUGAAUGUUUUUUUCAAAUUGUAAUUUAAAAUGGAAUUAAGAGAAUGAUCUUGUUUCAACAGAAAA